GCUUGUGUGUGUGUUGUGCAGUCUAGAGGAGGACUGCGAGGCGUCUCUCUGCACGGCAGCGCUGGCGUCCAAGAACCGGCAAUUACAGAAGGACAUGAAGAAACUGACCGCCGUCUUCCAGAAGCUGAAGUCUUACGUGGCUCUGCUAGCCCUGCCCAGUGUGUGUUCAGAUGCCAUGUGUCAGAGCAGUGCUAACGCAGUCUUCACUCAGAUGAGCGUGUGUUUACACGGCCUUCACGAUGCUGCCACAGAGCUGUCGCAGCACUACAGUCAGAAGGCGUCUCUGGAGCAGGAUCUGCCCACCGUCACGCAGAAGUUUCGCACCACUAACGAGUGUUUGCUGUCCUCGCUGGCAUCGCUCACCAACAGCUGUGGAAAGAUGGCCACUUUCUUCAGCAACAACCUGGAUUUCUUGGCGUCGUGUCCCGGCUACAGUCCGCGAGGAGGCUUCCUGAACCCGCGACAGGCCGACAGCGUGAUGGAGAACAAGAGACGUGCUGCCACCUACAUGAGCACCAUCAGAAAGGUGCGGUCAGAGUCUGUUUCGUACAGAGAAGCGUUAGCAAACAGACACGUUCUGACGAGCUCUACAGAGAGCAGAGAGGGACUCAUGCAGCAGGUGGCUCAGAGUCAGGAGAAGAUCUCUCGUCUGGAGCAGGAGAAGGAGCACUGGCUGCUGGAGGCUCAGCUGGGGCAGGUGCGUCUGCAGAAGGAGACUCAGCGCAUCGCUCAGCUGGAGGCUCAGAUCACUACCGGAGGUCCAGCAGAGACACACAGCGCUGCAGACGGCCCUGAUCCCGAGUGUGCUGACGCUCCAGAGCCCCUUCAGGACAGCAGCGUUAUCGGGAUGCUGACCAUCACUCCCUGCAGCGAGAGCGCUGCAGAUCAGGAUUCUCGUGAACAUCUGAUCAAGCAUCAUUACAUGAGCCGCGUGUCAGAGCUCACCUCUCAGCUGCAGAUGUGUGACAGUAAAGCCGUCCAGUUCCACGCUGAGUGUCGAGCUGUGGCCAAACGCCUGGCGAUGGCAGAGAAGUCCCGCGAGACGCUGACGGAGGAGCUGAAGCUGGCUCAUCAGAACACCACUCGCUUACAGGACGAGCUCAGCACCACCAAGAGGAGCUAUGAAGACCAGCUGAGCAUGAUGAGCGAUCACCUGUGCAGCAUGAACGACACGCUCAGCAAGCAGCGCGACCAGAUCGACUCGCUCAAGCUCGCCUCCAAGGGAAACUCCAAGAAGAACAAGAGCCGAUAAUGUGGACGUCUGUCUCAGUGACGGCGAACAUUCCCACACCAAACACCAGACAUGUGACGUGACAGGAAGCAGCUGAUCUCCAGAGGAACCGUGUGUGUGAGAGUGAGUGAGUGAGUGAGUGUGAGUGAGUGUGUGUGUGUGUGUGUGAGAGAG